AUGGAUAUAGAGAAAAAGAUUUCCUCGAUGAUCAAAUUAGCAGGGAAAAAAUUAGAAGAUUUCCGAUACAUGGCAUCUAUAGCCCUAAACUUCCUGGAAUGCUUCCUAUAUUCAUUCGUAGGAAUCAUUUGUUUAAUACAUUCUUAUGAUCCUAUAAAAAGUGAAUUGUUCAAGUAUGUUUCAUGUAUCUUGAUUGCAAUGGGAGUAGUAGAUGGGCUUCACAAAAUUCCUACAACCUACCUAAUAAAGACAAGAAAGAAAGCAUCCGAAUCAAGAAUAAUCAGAUGGUUAGAGAGGUUUCGUAGAGCUUUGAUUGGGAACAAGAUAAAUGAAGUUAUAGAUUUCUUUGGAAUUUUUCUGAUGAUUUUUGCAAUUUCUGUCAUGAUAUCUUCGAUCUGGAUAAACAUAACUUCACUUCCUAGCGAUAAUCAGGACUUCGGGGCCAUCGCCAAAAGUUUGUUCUGCUCUUCAGGAUUAUACAGUCUUCUAUCUCUCCUGUAUUCCCUUUAUAAUCUCUUUCGGCAGGGAUAUGAGUAUAUUGUCGGCUUCCAAAGGCGUGAAACAUACUCAAACAGUGCAGGCGUUGUGAUCAUAUUUGAAGAUUCAGGAAAGGAACUACAUGGAGCAGAUAAGGAACCGUUUUCUAAAAUGCCUGUAAUUACUCUUCCGGAGGUAGUUUUUAUGUUAAUUUUUAUUAUUUGGGGAUUCAUUCGAGGAGGAUCCAGCUACAUGAAGAAAACCCUUACACCCACUUUUGUUAUACUUAGAGUGUCAACCACCAUAUUGCAAUACAUGGUGCCAUUUUUCCGGUAUUCUGGAAACAAAAACCUAACUUUGUUUCCUAUUAUUUUUAUAUCUCUCCUAUCAUUUUCCUCAUAUAUUUCUGGGCCAAACAAGGAUGAGAUCAAAAAGUUACUAACCUCCACCUCCUCUAGCGCUACUACUACCACUAGCUGA